UUCCACAUACAUAUCCGCGCCGCCCCGCAGGCGAUGCGCGCGGCCGCCGCGGCGGCCGCCGCGGCGGUCGCGGCGGCAUGCCACCUGCUCGGGGCCUCCGCCCUCAAGGUGCAGACAUCGGAGUCGGGCCUGCCGAAGAUUGCGGCGGGGAGCCAGCCGACGAAGCUCAUGGCGAUGAGUUCAUCGGAGGCGAGGCUCGGGGACGCUAGCGCGGGCCUGUCAGACACCGUGCAGCACGUGGUGACGCGCAUGUCCCCUGCGGAGCUGCAGAUCAACACCUCCAGUCAGCCUGCUAGGAGAAAGCCGCCGCCGGGGCCACACAGGCAGGUGAUGCAGAACAUAGGGGACAUCGAGUACGUGACGCACAUGAAGGUCGGAAACCAGACGAUCACCGGCAUCAUGGACACGGGCUCUUUCGAGUUGGUGAUCUUCUCGACGAAGUGCGUCACUUGCGGCAAGGCUGCCAAGUACGACCCCAACGUGAGCAGCACUCACAGGUCCGAGAUGCUCAUGACGACAAUGACGUACGGGAGCGGCGAUACGUACUCGACGGAGGGGACGGACGUCGUGUCCAUCGGCGGGCUGGAGGAGCGCAACCAGACCUUCUGGGAGGUGAUGGAGGCCCGGAUGCCCAUCCUGCGGAACGCCGAGUUUCAGGCCAUCAUCGGGCUCGGUCCCCCGGAGACGCCGACGGCGGACGCCUGGGGCGAGGUUCGCCGGACCAUAGAGAACGUGAACAGGUUCUUCGACGAAGGCCGGCUGCCGCCCAGCGACGUGGCAGACAACGCCCACGAGACCAUCGAGGCGGCCGUGGAGCUGAGCAAGAAGCCCGCGCUGCUCGACAACUUCCAGAUCACCACCUUCUCCGUCUGCAUGGGCGCGAAGCCUGGUGAAGAUGGGUACUUUGUCUGGAGCGACAACAGCCCCUUCGAGAGGCCAGAGGUCUUCACACGCGUGCCGGUGGUCGGCAAGCACACGUGGUCCGUCGCGCUCAGCAACGUGAAGCUGACGCGCCCAGGCAGCGUCACCUCCACGGACGUCGCCUGCGGGGGCGCCCUCGGCUGCAACGCGCUGGUCGACUCGGGCACGUCACUGCUGGCCGUGCCGCAUGCGAUCGUGCACCAAAUCCAGGAAAUGGUGUCAAAGAUGAGGACCGACUGCGACGAUUUGCGGGAGCUCCCGAACUUGGUGUUCUCGCUCGGCGGCACGAUGUUCUCGCUGCCCCCGGACGCGUACGUGGCCAGCGUGGCCGACGAGGUCCCGAGCUACCUGCAGGGCUCCGUGCGCAUGGCCGACAUCAGCCUCGGUCCGCGCGUUCAGGGCUCGAAGAAGGGCAAGUGCAAGGUGCUCCUGAUGGAGUCGUACAUGGACUCUCCAGAGGGUCCCCUGUGGAUCCUCGGGAUGCCCUUCUUCCGGAAGUACUACACCAGCUUCCACAUCGGGGACGAGCGGGCGGACCGCGCUCUGUACAUCGCAGAGGCGACCGACGACUGCAGGCCCGCCCAGGUGUCGUCGCUUGCGCGCGUCAG